AUGUUGUUUCCAGAUGUUCAUUCAGCAGCGUCUCUCACAGUGAGUCCUGACAGAGUGCAACACUUCACCUCUGACUCUGUCUCACUGACCUGUGAGGGAAACUUCACUGAGUGGAGAGUGAGGAAGUUCUCUGAGGACGGCCGACUGUACUCUGACUGUUGGAGAAUGACUGGAUCCACAUGUAACAUCAACACAUCAAAGUCAGAUACUGGAGUGUACUGGUGUGAGUCUGGAUCAGGAGAGUUCAGCAGUGCAGUCAACAUCACUGUACAUAAUGAUCCUAUCCUGGUGAGUCCUGUUCAUCCUGUGACUGAGGGAGCUUCUGUUAGUCUGAGCUGCAGUUUGAGAACACAAAAAAUACUUUCCAAUGUGUUUUUCUAUCACAAUGACAAACUUAUUCAAAAUGAUACCCGAGGGGAGCUGAAGAUCUCUGCAGUGUCAAAGUCUGAUGGAGGUUUCUACAAGUGUCAGUACUCAGGAAGAGAGUCAGCACAGAGCUGGAUGUCAGUUAAAGCUGACAGCUCUUCAUCUCCUGUGUGGUUGAUGGUUGGACUGGUUUGUGGCGUCUCUCUCAUUAUUAUUCUCCUGCUCUUGUUGUAUCGCUGCAGACAGUCCAAGUAUUCAUGCUUCACCAGGUCGAUCCAGUCUGAGAGUCACAGUCCGGGCUCCUCCACAAAUCAUGGAGUCAACCAGAAUGAAGCUCAUGUGUACGACUCUGUUCAUCCUGGAACAGAUGAACACCGAGAUGUCACCUACUCUGUUAUUGAGAUUAAAACCUUUGGAAAGAAGAGUGAGUACACAAAUGACACACAAUGUAGACAAUAA